AUGGGAUUAUUACUUGCAAAUCCCCAACGGGCGCAAGGCAGGGAUGGGGAUUCCUCGACAUCCCCGUCCCGAGGACCCCAUCCCCCGGCCCCAACCCACCCAACACCCAUCUCUAAUUAUGAUGAUCUCAAAUACAACUUGGACAACUCCAACAUCAUUCAAUUUGGCAUCACUUUAUCAAAUGAAGAGGGCAUUGUGGGUGGUACUUGGGAAUUCAAUUUCUCAGAUUUUGAUUUGGAGAAAGACACUUACGCAAAGCCAUCCAUUCGUUUAGUUAAGAAACAUGGACUUGAUUUUGACAAAAUAAAGAAGGAUGGAAUUCCCAUGAACAUAUUUGUGUCUAGAUUUUUUGAGGUUGACCCAAGCAUGACCACCAUCUCUUCAAAUGGGUUACUUUUCAUGGAUGAGAAGGCUGCUGAGUAUUUUCGAAGGGUUUUCGACAUUGAAGUUGUAGCAAAACACUGUGAAGGUUUACAGGACGGAGAGUUAGGCUUAUCUAAGCUUGCUCAUGUUUUCAAAAUUAAAUGGAUAGGUGAAUCUCACAGCGCCAGUUCAGAUAGUUUACUGAUCGCGACUGCAUAUGCGAGAAUGAUGGAGUGCUACAAGUUUGAAGAAGAAAUUUUUUAUGGAUUUCUUUGUGGAAUAACCACAAGAAACAAGUGA